GACAGGUUGCCCUAGCUACUCGCCUCCACAUGUCCCAGUAAACUCCAAGGUUAACUCUGUUCAAGUAAUUGGGAAGCCGGCCGGGGAAGCUGCCUCUUGUGUUCACAUUUUCCCAGGUGGCCACCACCAACGGAAGACCAGAAUCGCCUCUCAUUGAGCAAAGGUGCGCUCUGAGGAUUACCACAAGCUCCCGCUGGGGUUUAUUUGAAGCAUGCAAGAGAACAGUGUGGACCAGCCUACAUCAUUAUCUCAGCUCUUGAGAGAGAACUACUUGGCCGAAGCACGAGCACACCAGAGACACAGCGAGAUGAGUCGUUCCGACUCCUCCUCACGGCGCCUGGUCUACGGGCCCCUCAAAGGCAAGAUGGCGGACUCUGCGGGGCUGGACGAGCCGCAACACCAGCUCCCAGACCUCUCAGCCUUCCUGAGUCAGGAAGAACUGGAUAAGAGUGUUAACCUGGCCUGUCAGGCUAUUGGACCCGAGGCCCUCGAAGAGAGGUCAGAUGUCAAGGCCUCCCCCUCUGCCACCUCCGACACUCCCGACACCCAGCCUGAUCCGGAAUUAAAAGAACCCCUACCAACACACCCGGCAUUCUUGCCAGAGAGACGGCCAUACCCACCUCUGUCCCUCCAGGACAAUGUUAUAAGGACAGACGAACAGAUAUAUCAGCCGUCCCAACCGUCCAUCCAGGACAACUCGAUGAGGACAGACAGACAGUCGUUCCCACCGUCCAUCAUCCAAGAUAUUGCAGUGAAGGACAACCGGGAGGACAUUAAGAGACCAGGGGCUGGGGGGAGGAACACCCCGGCAUUCGGCCUGGAGAACCAGUCCAAGAAGGAGUUCCUCAACAAGGCAGCGGACUUCAUCGAGGAGCUCUCCUCUCUGUUCAAGGCAAACAGCUCCAAAAGGAUACGGCCCCGAUCGUGCAAAGCUCAUAGGAGCAGAGCCAACAAGGGCCAAGCCGAUGGGAGCAUUUACUCCCUGAAUGCAGACGACAGGGAACGGCCCAUUCUUCUCCAAGACUUCGAAAUGGAGAUGGAGAGGCCUGCUAAUCCCUUCUGCAUUCAGCCGCCAGAGGUCCAAGGUUUGGACAUGGACCCGGGUUAUGGGCACGCUGACUUCCCCAUGCAGGACUGCAGGACUACUGAGGAGCAGUAUGAUGACUCUGAGGUGCUUGAGGCGGAUGAAGUGGAUGAGGCUGAGAGCCCUGCCCUGGUGGAGAUCACCCCUGGAGUGUACACAGCCGACCCCAUCUGUGAGCCCCCUCACUUCAUCCAGAAACUGAAAAGCAGGGAGGUGUCGGAGGGCAGCAAGGUCCAGCUGGACUGCAUUGUUCAAGGACUCCCCAUGCCCGAAGUCCGGUGGUUUUGUGAGGGGAAGGAGCUGGAGAACUGCCCUGACAUUCAGAUCAUCAACAACAGCGAGUUGCACUCUCUGAUCAUUGCCGAGGCAUUCGAGGAAGACACAGGGCGGUACUCUUGCUUUGCUUCCAACUUCUAUGGCACAGACUCGACAUCUGCAGAAAUCUACAUCGAAGGUGCCUCCUCUACAGAUUCGGAGGGGGAACAACAUUUUGAGCAUGUAGCACAGCUGCAGAGGACCCCAGCUCAACCGACUGCUCCAUCUUUACAUUCAGUGGUCUGUGCUGUGUCUGUUUGUGAGGAAGACACACCCAUCUGUACUAAAGAACAUCCACAGGAGGCCACCUCACUGACGUCUUGCCAGGUAGUCACUGCAUCUGUACCUGUCAAGGUAACUACUACUGUCCUUCCUGUUACGGAGGUGACAGCAACACUCACCCAGGUGACGUUUACAUUGUCCUCUGCCCAGGAGACGUCAGCACCGUUACCUGUCCAGUUAGUCUGUACUCUAGAUCUACCACCUGUGGACAUAGUGUCAGUACUGGCGCAGGAGGUGUCAACACCGUCACCUGUCCCAGUUACGUCCACAACAUCACAGACAAAGACAGUCACUACCACGGCACUACCACUGACCCAGGUGGCUUCCUCUACACCUCCUGCCCAGGUGGCUCCCAUACAGACGACUCUAUCUGAGAACCUAAACGGUGACAGCUAUAACCUAGGUCUAGACGUCUAUCCUCAAGGUCUAGAUGGGAGGCCGAUCAUCGCAGCCCCUGUUUUCACAAAGAGUCUGCAGGACCUUUUGGCGUCGGAGAGCCAGCUGGUGGUGCUAGAGUGUCGUGUGAAAGGGGUGCCCUCCCCCAAGGUGGACUGGUACAGAGAAGGAACCAUCAUAGAGGAUUCCCCUGACUUCAGAAUCCUGCAGAAGAAGCCUCGAUCCAUGGCUGAAUCAGAGGAAAUAUGCACUUUGGUUAUUGCUGAGGUCUUCCCUGAAGAUUCUGGAAUAUUCACUUGCACUGCAAGCAACAAAUAUGGAACUGUAUCCAGUAUUGCUGCACUAAGGGUGAAAGGCAAUGAUAACACCAACAACAACCACGUGAAAACUCCACACAAGUCCACACAAGUCCCAGAGCCCUCUUCAUUAGAUCUCACUCCUCCCAGUCUAAAGCCUCAAGCUGAGGUUCCUGUGACCAACAGCAUCAAGCCUCACUCCAACACCAUCCGCCUGGAUCCGCUCAGUUCCAGCACGUUACGACUGGACCCUCUGAGCACCAGUACCCUCCGUCUAGAUCCUCUGAGCUCCAGCAUGCUGCGCCAGGACCCUGUCAGCAUCAGCAUGCCCAGUCUGGACCCACUAAUCCUGGGCAGCAGCCCCAGGAUAGGCACCCGUAGCUCCAGCACAUCUUGUCUGGAUCCACUCUACCUGAGCACCCCUCACUCAGAUCUGUCUACUAGCUCCAGCAGGGAACUUCCUGAGCCCAAGACUGACCAUGAAGACUCCAGAGCCUUCUCAGUGUUAUCAGACCCUGCCGUUGGUCUGAGUCCUAAGGUGGAAGGGACUCCUUUCCAUAAACCUGAGCCCCCUCCCCCUGUAAACCUCCCUGAUCCCCCCACCUCCUCUUGCCUCAAGCCUGGGGUUCUGGUGAGCCACAACGGGCCCAGGUCCAGCUCCAGGGUAGGCCUCCGUGUGCACUUUAAACUGCCUGAGAAUGAGACAGACAACGAGAGUGAAACAUCCGAUAGCCAUUCAUAUGAAGAUAUGUCACAGUUGUCCAAUAAGGAACCACCUCCAGUCCUGGCCAAGCCCAAACUAGACCCUGUCCAGCUGCAGCUUCUACACAACCAGGUGCUUAUGGAGCAGCAGCAGACUGACACUGAGCCAACCGGAGCCACCCAGAGUCAACCGGAGGCAUCUGCCUGGCCAGCCCGGAAGCAACCCGAGCCCCAGCCCCAGCUCCAGCCCCAGCAACGCCUACCCCGUUCAUCUACCCCCAUGCCCCUGCAGUCCACCCACCCCGCACCCAUACUGACCAUGGCCCCAACACCCUUACUCAACUUCACCCCUGUGACAACACUGAACACUACCCCUGCAACCCAGCUAAACACUAGUGCCCCCGCACCCCUGCUUAACAUUGCCUCUGCACCACUACUGAACCCAUACGCAACCCAAUCUUAUUUUCUUUCUUCUUCUUCACCCCUGCUAAACACAAGCCCUGUACCACCAAUAAACACUACCUCUGCACUACUACUGAACACAGCCCCUCCUGCACCCAUUAUGGGUACCCUGCCAUCCUCUCCUCAACUGAAGACAGCUUCAUCUUGUAUGAGCUCCCCUCCAUCUGCCCCUCUGCUGAGUACUGUUCCUGCACCCCACCUGCAUACCAACCCUGCAUCCCCACCCUAUAUGACGCUGCAAAACACCACCCAUUCUUCCCAGCUGAACUUAGCCCCCUUAUCCCUGCCUAAAUCUAUUCACUUACCCCAGUUUAACACACCUCUCAUACCUCAUCUGAAUACAGCCCCCACAGCAUCUCUCAGCUCCAUCCCUGCAGCUUUCAACAGGGCCCCUACAACCAUGCAGAACACCUCCCCCUCCCCCCUUCUCAGAACAACUCAUGCCUCCCUCCUCAACCUGGCUCCCAUUUCGCAGAGCUUCAACUAUGCUAGGCCAAAAGAGUUUAUCACUGCCCAGGCUCCCCUCUCUCCAGUCAGGAGUCCCUCCCCUACAGAGUCCCCAGUUCCGUUGCUCCACGAGCUGGCUGCCGAGCUCAACUCCUCCAACCCCAACCUGUUCUCUCCACAACCCAGAGUCUUCCCCACCAGAGUCCUCAAGUCACCCACUAGCCCCCCUUCCUUCAUGUCCUCCCCCACCUCCCCCACCCUUUUGCCUGCUGCCUACCUCAACUCUGUGUUCACCCUGCCACAGCAGUCACCCCCACAGGCAGCGUCCCCGACCUCCAGCACCUCCACCCCCAGCCCCAUCCAGAACCAUGUGGCCUUCCUCAGCUCUGUCCUGCCCUCUCUACACACCACACAAGCCACCAACUCGAUGGGCCUGCCCAGGAGUGCCCAUGGGCCACCUCAAGGCAUGCAGAAGAAGUUGCCUACAGGCACUCGUCCCAUGUCAGAUGUUGACAUUCGUAGCAGCCAACAAACCCUCCUCCAGGAUAUGGAGAAAAAGCUUAGGUUCAAUGAAGAUUUUAUGCGUGGUCAUGUACAACAGAAGCAGACUACUUAUGAGGGGAAAACAGCGAGCAGACCCCUCGGACCAAACAUUCCUGCCACUGUCUUUAACUAUGACGAGGAGUACAAAGUGUCCAACUUUGAGCAGAGGCUGUUGAGUGAGAUAGAGUUCCGUCUGGAGCGCACGCCAGUCGAGGAGUCGGAUGACGAGGUACAACACGAUGAGAGCCCGACAGGGAAGUGCGUCGCGCCCAUAUUCGACAGGAAGCUGAGGAACUUCAGGGCCAUGGAGGGUGUCCCUAUGACGUUCUCCUGUAAAGUGGUGGGGAUCCCCGUACCGAAGGUUUACUGGUUCAAGGAUGGCAAGCAGAUCUUGAGGAAAAAUGAUCAUUAUAAGAAGAUACGAGAGGGGGACGGAACCUGUGUCCUACACAUAGAGGUCACCAAUAACGACGAUGAUGGCAACUACACUGUCAUGGCAGCUAACCCCCAGGGACGAAUCAGCUGCUCUGGUCAUUUGAUCAUCCAAACGGGUCCUCUCCGAAACCGAAUGACACCUAUGAUUCACUCUCAGAGGGUGCGGGCCCGCAUACAGGAAGUAGAAGAGGGUGAACCAACCCAAGAGCGCUUCUUCCGACCUCACUUCCUCCAGGCUCCAGGGGACAUGGUGGCUCACGAGGGCAGAGUCUGUAGAUUAGACUGCAAGGUGAGUGGCCUACCAAACCCAGAGCUGAUGUGGCUGAUCAACGGGAGGCCCAUCUACCCAGACGUCUACCACCGGAUGCUGGUGAGGGAGAACGGCGUCCAUUCCCUUGUCAUAGACCCUCUAAAACAGGACGACGCUGGAACAUACACCUGCAUCGCCAGCAACAAAGCAGGACAGAGCUCCUUCGGUCUGGAGUUAAGAGUUGUGGAAAAAGAGAUGAAGCAGGCCCCCCAGUUUGUGGAGAAGCUCCAGAACACAGGCAUCGCAGAGGGCACCCCUGUCCGACUGGAGUGCAGGGUUCUGGGCAUGCCUCCACCUGUUAUCUAUUGGAAGAAAGACAACGACACCAUUCCUCACACCAAGGCCAGAGUCAGCAUACACCAGGAUGCCACUGGAUAUGUUUGCCUCCUGAUUCAGCCCACCAGGAAAGAGGAUGCUGGCUGGUACACCGUAUCAGCAAAGAAUGAGGCUGGAAUUGUUUCAUGCACAGCCAGGCUAGACAUCUAUGCCCAGUGGCAUAAGCAGGUCCCUCUGCCUAUGAAAAAAGCUCCGCGGCAGGGCAGUCGCUAUGCAGUGCUGACCGGCCAAGGCCUGGACAUCAAAUCUGCCUUCCCCACGACGGACAAUAGCCCCAUCCUGUUCUCCAGCUCCCCUGUGGAGGCACAGCUGGAGAGUGAGGAGCUGUGAGGAGCAGACACACUUCACCAGAGGGUUGUAAAAGUCUGUAAAAUUUCCCAUAAUGCACAGGUUUUUCCGAAAUUCCAAAAGUUUAGGAAAGUUUGAGAAUUUUGUCAACCUACACCACCACCACCACUUUAAUCACUACUGGCCCUUUGAGUCUACAAAUGUCUCUUAUCUGGAGUCUCGUAGGGCUGGUUUCCCAGACACAGAUUCAGCCAAAUCCUGGACUAAAAAGCAUGCCCAAUAGAGAAUCUCCAUUGAAAGUGCUUUUAGUUCAAGACUAGGCAUAAUCUGUGUCUGGGAAACUGGGUCCCAGAGUUGAGUCUGCUCUAACACCUCCUAAUGACUAAUCUACUAGUUCAUCUAAUCUGUGGUGGCCAGUGGGAUGGAAGAGCAGGACUAUAAUCUUAGCAGUUUGUGUCAUCUGGUUUGUGUGAUACAUUUGAUGUGAUACAUUGAAAUUACAAUGACAAAAACGGUUAGAUUUACAACUGGCAACCUAAUGCUCUGUUUGUUCCUAUUGAAUUGUAUCAUUUGAAGCGUCUUAUUCACACAAAACAGACAAACUUGCCAAGUUUUAGUUCACUAUCAUCUUUUGAUAGGUCUGAUUUGUUUAUGGUUCAUUUUGUUCUACUUUUUGAUUAGUUAGUUUGAUAUUGAGAAGGUUGUUGAAUGUUGAUGAUCAUGACAUACUUUCAUCAUCAUACACUUCAACCUGUUCUUUAUCUUUAGCAAAUUGACUAUUUCGUUUGGACGUGGUUGUUGUAUGGUUUGUUUUUAUUUCAAACGUAUAUAUUUGUGUCAAAUAAAGAUAGUUUAUUUUAAUGUUCAUAUAAAAUAUAUGUGCAUUAAAUGUAAAUCAAAGAAAUACACUAAAGGAAAGCCAAACUGACAAAUUAAAUUGUACACAUGCAUACAUUGAGUGGGGGGGGGGGGGGGUGCUACUCAAUAUUAGGAAGGUGUUCUUAAUGUUUUGUAAACUCAGUGUAUAUACAGUGGGGAGAACAAGUAUUUGAUACACUGACGAUUUUGCAGGUUUUCCUGCUUACAAAGCAUGUAGAGGUCUGUAGUUUUUAAUCAUAUGUACACUUCAACUGUGAGAGCCGGUCUAAAACAAAAAUCCAGAAAAUCACAUUGUAUGAUUUUUAAGUAAUUAAUUUGCAUUUUAUUGCAUGACAUAAGUAUUUGAUACAUCAGAAAAGCAGAACUUAAUAUCUGGUACAGAAACCUUUGUUUGCAAUUACAGAGAUCAUACGUUUCCUGUAGUUCUUGACCAGGUUUGCACACACUGCAGCAGGGAUUUUGGUCCACUCCUCCAUACAGACCUUCUCCAGAUCCUUCAGGUUUCGGGGCUGUCGCUGGGCAAUAUGGACUUUCAGCUCCCUCCAAAGAUUUUCUAUUGGGUUCAGGUCUGGAGACUGGCUAGGCCACUCCAGGACCUUGAGAUGCUUCUUACGGAGCCACUCCUUAGUUGCCCUGACUGUGUGUUUCGGGUCGUUGUCAUGCUGGAAGACCCAGCCACAACCCAUCUUCAAUACUCUUACUGAGGGAAGGAGGUUGUUGGCCAAGAUCUCGCGAUACAUGGCCCUAUUCAUCCUCCCCUCAAUACGGUGCAGUCAUCCUGUCCCCUUUGCAUAAAAGCAUCCCCAAAGAAUGAUGUUUCCACCUCCAUGCUUCAUGGUUGGGAUGGUGUUCUUGGGGUUGUACUCAUCCUUCUUCUUGCUCCAAACACGGCGAGUGGAGUUUAGACCAAAAAGCUCAAUUUUUGUCUCAUCAGACCACAUGACCUUCUCCCAUUCCUCCUCUGGAUCAUCCAGAUAGCCAUUGGCAAACUUCAGACGGGCCUGGACAUGCGCUGUCUUGAGCAGGGGGACCUUGCGUAUGCUGCAGUAUUUUAAUCCAUGACGGCGUAGUUUGUUACUAAUGGUUUUCUUUGAGACUGUGGUCCCAGCUCUCUUCAGGUCAUUGACCAGGUCCUGCCGUGUAAUUCUGGGCUGAUCCCUCACCUUCCUCAUGAUCAUUGAUGGCCCACGAGGUGAGAUCUUGCAUGGAGCCCCAGACCGAGGGUGAUUGACCGCCAUCUUGAACUUCUUCCAUUUUCUAAUAAUUGCGCCAACAGUUGUUGCCUUCUCACCAAGCUGCUUGCCUAUUGUCCUGUAGCCCAUCCCAGCCUUGUGCAGGUCUACAAUUGUAUCCCUGAUGUCCUUACACCCUCUCUGGUCUUGGCCAUUGUGGAGAGGUUGGAGUCUGUUUGAUUGAGUGUGUGGACAGGUGUCUUUUAUGCAGGUAAUGAGUUCAAACAGGUGCAGUUAAUACAGGUAAUGCGUGGAGAACAGGAGGGCUUCUUAAAGAAAAACUAACAGGUCUGUGAGAGCCGGAAUUCUUACUGGUUGGUAGGUGAUCAGAUACUUAUGUCAUGCAAAUGAAUUACUUAAAAAUCAUACAAUGUGAUUUUCUGGAUUUUUGUUUUAGAUUCCGGCUCUCACAGUUGAAGUGUACCUAUGAUUACAAAUUACAGACCUCUACAUGCUUUGUAAGUAGGAAAACCUGCAAAAUCGUCAGUGUAUCAAAUACUUGUUCUCCCCACUGUAGCAAGUACUAUGAAUAUGACCAGGUGAAUCCAGGUGAAAAAUAUGAUCCCUUGUUGUUGUCACUUGUUAAAUUCACUUCAAUCAGUGUAGAUGGAGGGGAGGAGACUGGUUAAAUAAGUAUUUUUAAGCCUUGAGACAAUUGAGACAUAGAUUGUGUGUGUGCCAUUCCUAGGGUGAAUGGGCAAGACAGAAUAUUUAAGUGCCUGGGUUUUUCACGCUCAACAGUGUCCUGUGUGUAUCAAGAAUGAUCCACCACCCAAAGGACAUCCAGCCAACUUGACAGAACUGUGGGAACCAUUGGUGAACAUGGGCCAGCAUCCCUGUGGAACGCUUUCGACAUCUUGUGGAGUCCAUGCCCCAACGAAUUGAGGCUGUUGCAACUCAAUAUUAGGAAGGUGUCCUUAAUGAUUUGUACACUCAGUGUAUAUAGCCAGCUCUACUAUGAAUAUGUCUUUACAAUUUGAUAUCUAGAAUUGGUUCAAAAAUAUGAUUGCGUUUACCUUGAUUUUCAAUUAAAACAGAAUAUUUCACAUCGAAUACAUGAUUUGUAAAUGCACACUUUUGCACUGUGGUCCUGUUGUGUUUUGAGUCCAUACUGAUAGCAUAUGGAAAAGCAAGUGAACUACUGUAAGCAAAGGAUGGCAUUUAGUGCAAAAGCAUUGUGCAAAGUGCAAAAAAUACACUGUAAGCCUCAUUAUAAACUUGCAGUGUGAUUACAUUUGAAACGUUUCUGCUAAAAUGUGUGUUAUCAGGUGGCGAUCAUUUGACAAGAGUUUAGUCAACCGAACAAUAGAUAAAUAGUCGCCUCUUUAUUAUCACGCAGUUUGAAAUGAAGCCAGAUUGGAAUGGGGUUUAUGGUCAUUUUUGCGCUUUGCUCAAUGCUUUUUGCAUUACGAAAAUGGCUCUGUUUCUUCUCACUGCCUCAUAAAUGGAUAGUUGUGGUUACAGUAGCUUAACAGUACACCAGGAGCCUUAUCCAAGGAUUGCAUUUCAAACACUAUCAUGAUGUUUACUUGACAGAAAUGCCUUUUUAAGGUGAGGGAUUUGAGCUGCUAUUUCUGCUGUAUGGAGAUAGGUAACUGAAUAUGUAAGUUAUUUUAAUAAGAAAAACGAAAAUCUGACAGGAAUUUAUGCAAUAAUGUUCAUGCAGCAGUAUAGUUGUACUUUGAAAAAUAUACUCAUGUGUUUCAAUGUUAGUGGGUCUAGUGAUAGGAAAUAUAUUUGUUUGUUGGUAGGCACAUGUGCUUUAACAGGAUUCACUGAUAGAAUGAAAUGUAUGUGUGGGAGAAAUUAUGUUUUGACGUUUUGAUGGAACUCUACACACCCUUGUAGCUAACAUGCGAUUAUUGAAAAACAGAUUAAAUGUUUGAACACAUAUUCAAUAAAUGUAAAGUUGCACCAUGUAAAAUAGUUUUUUCCCCCUGAGAAUAAAGUUAUAUUUAUUCCAAAAAAUAUAUAUAAUGUAUAUUUUUGUACAUACAUGUGUCUUACACAUUAUGAAUGCAUGACAUUUUAUGGAAAUAUCUUAAUUUUUUUUAAUUAUUUCAAUUUGACGUAGAAUCAGAGUCUAGCAAAAUAAAAUGUAUUGUUCCACCUACCUUUAAAAAACAAACAUUGA